UUUGUUUAUGUCAUAGAUUAAUGCUCGUAGGAAUUGUAUUGUUUUAUUUUGGUUAUCGUGCGCAACUCAAUGAUCUUUGCAGUAAUCUCGAGAAAUCUAGUCUAGUUAAAACUAAUAAUGAAUAUAAACGAGCUUCCGGUUGAGAUGCUGGAGCAUAUUUUCCAAUUUCUCCAGUUUCGGCAUCUUAAAAUCGCCUCCACCGUCUGCCGGCAAUGGAAUCAAGCGGCAUUUUCAUGGCCAAAUUUGCUGAAGGUCAAAUUAAUUUUUGGCUCUGAUAACAUUUGUGAGCGUACAAUCCCGGCUUUGGAAAUCACCCAUCAGAGGAGAUACCGCAAUAUAACCUUUAGCUUCCGGGAUGCUCAAGCUGAUCAGCCGUUGGUGCAUCAUUUCUGUAAGGUUCUCCAAGAAUUUCAAAAGUCGUUAGAAAGCUUGGAAAUCGAUUGGCAUGUGCAGGAUGCGGCACUGGAUUUACUCAUGUUGGCAAAGCUUUUGAAAUAUGCCCCAGGACUCAAAGAACUAUUCGUUUAUGAUUACACGAACGCUGAAUUUACUCACGAUCCCAGUUGUUCACUUCAUUUUGCACCGAUGAUGUUUUUGGACAAAGUACGCCUUCCUCACAGUGUGAUGGGCGAUGUUCGAUUUAAUUUUGCGCAAUUUGCACCCAACGUUACACAUGUCGAUGUAAAGUUUGAUGGUAGGCAUCCAUGGGAUUCAAUCCGAGCCCUGCAAGAGCAGCUGUGCGCUCUAGGAAUCGAUACUGCAACUCAGGGUAAUUUCAAGCACCUUUGGUCGAUGGAACCACGAAAGCUACGGAAACUUGAAUUGAACAGAAAUGACUGUGAUUUUAUCAUGCCAAACGACGUGAAGCCUCGUAGUAUUGGUAAUUUUUUCCAGCAUUGUUCGGCGCUAACUGUUCUUAUGCUUGAGUUAAAAGUUCCCAUGGAAGUUUAUCAAAUCGUUGCCGAUAGUUGUUUGCAGCUUGAAUCGUUGUUAGUAUCGGAAAUUGACGAUGGCUGGGAGUUUUUGUCGAUCGUUCAACACUCGAAAAAGCUGCGACGUCUUAUAAUAGUCAAAACUUUUUUCGAUUCCAACCAGAGAUAUAUUAGAACCACCCGACUGCCAAACGUGCAAAACUUGACGAUAGAAUUCCCGGAAAUUUAUGACACCUCUCGGUUCUUUGAUCAGCUGAAUCUGCUCUUACCGAAUAUAAGAACAUUUCAACUAACGCAGUACAACAAGUUUUUGGAAUAUUCUUUCAAUUUGAAAAUUCUGCAAGCAUUGUUCCGCAGCAAAAUGCAAAGGUUGGAAAAGCUGAUUUUGUUUGAUACGGGUGCAGAUUUUCCUUCGCAUCUAUUUAACCAGCUCAACCUUUUUCCUCGACUGAACGAAUUUUGGCUGACUUGCGAGGCGCUCGCUCCAUGGAGUCGAUCAGCGAUAGUUCCCGGUGUGCGUAGUUUAGCCGUGAAUGCUAAAAUAAGUAAAUUUCAACUUCAAGCGUUGCUGAAAGUUUUCCCAUCACUGACCAGGUUAGACGUGCCACAUGCGGAAGAACAACCCACUCCAGGAAGCUUGAAUUGCGAAGUAGGGUUUUGUAAAAAUGGGUUUUGCCUAGAGUCCUACGGCUCUUUGUGAAGAAUUCAUGUUCUCGUGUGACGCAAGACGCUUUUUUGAGUUGUGGAAAGAUCAAAUUAUUUCACAAUGCCCGACAGCUAUCAGGAGAUGAGAUUCAAACCCAAAGCAGCGAGGUCGGCGUAGCACAAACAUUACUCGCACUUAGAUCUUGAAGCUUUUAUUAGUUUCGUUUAUUGUAUAUUAGUUUUUUCAUUUGAUUAUAAUACAUUGUUACACAUUACCAGCAUUUUUAUAGUUUAACAUGUUUUUGACGUUGGACUACAUCUUAGCGUAAGGAAACAAAUUCCAAUUAUUGUCGAAUUUGGUUUUUUUUUUUUAAGUAGAAUACUUCUCUCAGGAAGUUUGGCUACAAAGGGAUGUGAAAUGAAAAUCUAAAACCGAAAAAAGUGAAAAAUAUGUCCAAUUUCAAAUGCUAAUAAAUCGGUUAGUAUUCGAUGGAUUUCCUUCGUUCUUGCAGUAAUAGAUUGGAAAAUCUUUUUAGAUUCUUCCCAAAAGAAGAUAAUUGUAAUUUAGUUAUUCACACUAUUGUACUAUUGAAAAUAGUCAAGCCUUGUCAAAACAAAAAAAUCGACCUCUGAUUGGUCGUUAUAUGAUUGCUUCCCAAGCACGGUCGACAGAAUCAUAUAGCUUGCAAUUUUAAACAUGCUAUUUGGCCUAUAAAAGAGCCUGUUUCAGUCGAAGCCGCUCAUAAUAGUUCUAGACAGCGACAACAGCAGUCAUUCCUUAGCAGCAGCAGUAGCAGUGCAGUGGAUACCAGCGAUGGCGGAAAGCGGACACAGCUGUGGCGUAGCCAGACUUCCUGAAAUCUCGCUCGCACAAAGAAGAGACAGUGUGCUUUGCGCUACAAGUCUCGUUUCUCAUUCAGUCGCUACGUGCUGUGUGCAGCGUGCGAGCGAGAAAACUUACCAUUCGUACGAGCCAUGUCUCGUCACAUGGGAAUUUUUUGCGACGUACACGAAGAUACCUCGUCUCUCAACUUAACGAGUGCGGUGCAUGGGCGACGCGUACUUGAGACAGCUUGCGUGCAAAAUCUCGUGAGCUCGUCUCGCGAGCUUGCCUCGCAUGUUGCUUCGCGCAAAUGGUGCGAGAAGGAAAUUGAUUUUGCGCAGAAGGAUACAGGCAGGGGAUUUCAUGUUUUUUUGAAGUAGAAUACUUCUCUCAGGAAGUUCGGCUACAUAGGGGUGUGAAAUGAAAAUCUAAAACCGAAAAAAGUGAAAAAUAUGUCCAAUUUC